UAACCCUAGUUAUUAACCCCUGAUAGAUCUUAUGCUGGGGCCAGGGCCGGGUUCGCAGGGGCCGGGACCGGGACCCCUGCUAAAAGGGAGUCCCUUUGAGAGAUGUUAUAUGAAAUAAACACUUAGGAUAGAAUCAAUUGUUAAGGAUCAUUUGUUUUUAGAAUUUAGAAAAGAAACUGAAAAACAUAAAAAAGAAGUUAUAAAUUUCUUUUUUAUGUUUUUUAUGUUAAAAAUCAUGUGAUUCUUCUAAAAUACCGGAGAACCAAUUUGAUUUCUCCUAAAUUCAAUUUCCACCUAAGUUUGUAUCAUGAGGGCGUCCUAAGUCAAUAAAGAAAAAAAAUGCUGUUGGUGUGCGUAAAGUUCAGAAGAUCUGCUUGACCAGAUGACUGUUAAAGAAAAAGUUCAUAUUUUGUUGCUGCGUUUGCUAAAAGGAGGAAGGCCUAAUGAUGUUACAGUUUUAACACCUUCCGAUACUAUAGAUCUUAAAUUAGAUGCUAAAAAUCUUCCAUCAUCUCUAAUGAAUGAGAUAGUUGUUUUUGAAAUUCUAAAGCCAUUUCUUACAGCACAAGCGUGGAAGAUUUUAAGAGCCUUUUUUUUAAAGCGCAAAACAAUGAAAAUUUGGAAUUGUCCAAUUUGUAUUCUUAAUGCUCCUACAGAAUCGAUUGAGUGUAGCAGUCGUCUUGAAUGGUAUCACUUUAAUUGUGUCAAGGUGUCAUCCAAGAUAAACAAAAAUUGGUAGUGUAGCACUUGUCUGUUGAACCCUGAAUCUUGAAGUUUAUUGGUAGAUAAAGUAGAUUGUUGUUAAAUUUAUUGGUAGAUAAAGUAGAUUGUUGUUAAAUUUAUUGGUAGAUAAAGUAGAUUGUUGUUAAAUUUAUUGGUAGAUAAAGUAGGUUGUUGUUAAAUUUAUUGGUAGAUAAAGUAGAUUGUUGUUAAAUUUAUUGGUAGAUAAAGUAGAUUGUUGUUAAAGUUAUUGGUAGAUAAAGUAGAUUAUUGUUGAAUUUAUUGGUAGAUAAAGUAGAUUAUUGUUAAAUUUAUUGGUAGAUAAAGUAGAUUGUUGUUAAAUUUAGCAAUAAACUUCAUUUAUUUACAUGUUUUUUAUUAAUAUUAACUGUAAUAUUAA